GUCAAAUGUAUGGACAAGGGAGUGGUAGAAGAUGAGGUUGGAAAGACAGGAUUUUUGAUAUUUGAAGAAUUAUAUGUGUACCAGUUUGGGGACAGCAUCCUAAUCCAACUGGUCACCACUGAAGAUUUUCAGCAGGGAAGUGAUAUGAAGCUGCUGGUUUUGGAGGAUAGGUUGGAGAAAGAGAGAACCUGCUUGCAUUAUGCUGUGAAGAAAAAAUUUACCUUCUUUGACUAUUUACUUAUUAUCCUCCUAAUGCCUGUCCUGCUUAUUGGGUACUUCCUCAUGGUAUCAAAGACAAAGCAGAAUGAGACUCUUGUCCGAAUGCUACUUAAUGCUGGUGUUGAAGUUAAUGCUAUAGACCGCUAUGGCUACACUGCGUUACACUACGCUUGCGAAAUGAAAAACCAGACUCUUAUCCCUCUGCUCCUGGAAGCCCAUGCAGACCCCAUGAUAAGAAAUAAGCAUGGUGAGAGUUCCUUGGAUAUUGCACGGAGAUUAAAAUUUUCCCAGAUUGAAUUAAUGCUCAGGAAAGCAUCAUAAUCCUUGUGGCCUCAGAUGGAGAAGUGGAAAAAGCUAAAGGACUGGAUUCUGUCUCCAUCUUAAACUACUGGUCUGUGGGCCAGUCAACCUGGAGGCCGCCAUCUUAUGGGGAUAAUAAUGGUUGCCAUGGGUAAUAUUUUCAAAGCGCUUUAUAUUUGUGUUUGCUCAAUGGACUUCACCAUGGCCAUAAUCCUUCUGGGGGAAACACCAAAGCUGUUGGGUUCUCCGCUUCAUUCAGAAAAUGUGAUGCUUCAAAUUCAGUCUCUCCUAAAGAAGAUCAGUGUUAUCUCAGAUAGUGUUCUCCCUUCUCAGUUGUAUUGCUCUUCUAAAGAGGCUGCCCUGUGAGUAUCAUGCUCCAGGAGACAGACUGUUCCUCUCAGGCCCCUUUAAUUAGUAAGAGGAAGAACAGAAGUAUGGACAUUUGUACAGAAUGGUGUGUGUAUGUGUGUGGGUUUUAGAGAUUCUUAUGUAAAUGUUCCUUUGGCAAAACAGCUUCAACAAAAAUAUUAUCAUUUGUCAGUGGUGGCAGUUUUACACCACAGAAAUGGCAAAUGCUAAACUCAAGAUUUUUGUUUUUUCUUUCUGGAGAGCCAGUUUACCAGCAUACUUCUAGACAUUUUGGUAUCAGCUUACAAAUAAAAGCCAUCUUGAUUUUGAACAAGACUGUGUAACUGUCUGGAUGUUUGUUCAAAAAUAUCUUUGAUUAUCUUGUGAAUGCAAGGCUGAUACUAAACUUCUUAGUUCUGUCUAUUUUUAUUGAUAAAAUUUAAAAUAUUGUCAUUUAUUUGGAUAAAGUGUUCCUAUACAAGAAAAAGAGCCAUAUGAUGAGGUAGUAUCUGGAUUGCACUUCAAGAUGAGAGAUAGAAUAUCAAAAUAUCUGCCCAACUCCUUUGUCAAUGAGACAGAGUGGAAAUAAACAUUUUUUUUUUAAUGAUUGAAUUUUGCAAAGCAAGACUGAGUCAUGAAUAUCUUUAGACAGACUAAGCCACACAAUGUGUGAUAACAAAUGUGUCAAAGAAUCAAAGAUUUACCAUCCCUGAACAGGACAAAGUUCUAAUA